AUGGUGUACCUAUCCCUAUCGGUGCUAUUAGUGUGUCUCUCACUCGUGAAUGGUCUCGAUGAUUUUGAGAAACGAAAAAAAUUCCAUGACCGACAAUGCCAACUAACCCCUUCUCUACCAAGUUGUACCACGCCCUAUACGUUGGCAGUUUUCAAACGAGAAGCUAUAGUGCAAAGCAAAAAUAGUAAUAAACAAAAAUUAUCCAAAGCUAUGGGAGUAAAAAGAACCGUAAGGCGCAGCUCUUGGCAUGACGAUUCUGAUGAAGACUACGAGUUUUAUCUAUGGAAAAAAUAUCGUCGAGAGAAGCUGAGACGACGGCUUCUUCAGAAUGCAGGGGAUUCUUCCGAAUCUGUCCAGUAUCAUUACCAUAACUAUAACAAUCCAUAUUCAAGCGGAUACAGAGCGUAUCCGUAUACCGGAUAUUACAGGCCCUCCUACUAUGGGCAACAGUAUGGCUAUCCAUACAGCGGAUACGGAUACGGCGGUGGGUAUCCUUCCUAUGGCAGCGGCUACGGUGGAUAUGGAGGGGGAUUUGGAGGCGGUCUGUUCUCACUGGGAGCCGGACGACAACUUGGUAUCUCAACGCCUAUUGGUGGAUUUGGUUACAGUAGUGGAUUUGGCAUAGGCAUUGGCUGAAUGACCUCAACUAUUACACAUGCAUAUUGAAGAGCUUUGUUCACAUGUACGUAUUUUACCAUCAGAACUUGUAUCAAUCAUAAUGUACAACUUAUAAACAUGAUAAAAUGUGUAAUCAGCAGAGG